AUGGUUCCAGGAUUUUCUCUUUUUUCUGUUACGCUUCUCUCAUUCCUUUCCACUGCAUGUCGGGCUGUUCAACCGUCUGCUCCCGAUCCCAUUCCCGCCCCGUUACGUGAUUUGAGAUGGGGUCAGCUUAAUUUCCUCCACACCACGGAUACUCAUGGCUGGCUCGCUGGUCAUCUGCAAGAAGCUUCAUACUCCGCAGACUGGGGGGAUUAUGUCUCUUUCGCGACCCGGAUGCGUGAAAAGGCAGAAUCACAGGGAUGGGAUCUCUUGGUAAUUGAUACAGGGGACCGAGUAGAAGGAAAUGGCCUCUAUGAUUCCUCGGAGCCUAAAGGUGUCUAUAUUUCUGACAUUUUACGCCAUCAACACAUCGAUCUGAUAACGGUUGGGAACCAUGAGCUAUACAAACAGAACACCUCUGAGGCUGAAUUUUUUACAACCGUGCCAAAUUUUCGUGGCAAUUAUCUGGCAUCGAACCUCGAUAUCAUUCAUCCCACUACGAAAGAGGCUAUGCCGUUCGCUCCACGAUUCAAGAAGUUCACCACCAAGAAACAGGGCAUUCGUAUCGUUGCUUUCGGCUUCAUUUUCGACUUCAUGAAAAAUGAAAAUAACACAAUUGUCAAGCCCGUGGAGGAGAGCAUUAAGGAGGACUGGUUUCAAGAAGCUAUCCGAGACAGAGACGUCGAUCUUUUUCUGGUUGCUGGGCAUGUGCCCGUUAAAUCCAAGGAAUUCAACGCCGUAUUCAAUGAAAUAAGGAGCGUUCACUGGGAUACGCCAAUCCAGUUUUUUGGUGGACAUUAUCACAUUCGUGACUAUGUUCAGUAUGACUUGAAGGCCUACGGUUUAGCGAGUGGCCGUUUUAUGGAAACCAUCGGGUUCAUGUCUAUUGAUGGUUUGGCCAUUGGCAAUCCACAGGCCAGGCCCGCUCCGGCUGCUCCCGUUUUCAAUCGCAAGUAUAUUGACAAUAAUCUGUUCUCAUUCCAUCAUCAUGCAGGGCUGAAUGAGACAAACUUUCCCACCGAAAAUGGUCGAAACGUAACCCAAGUAAUACAACAAUCCAGGCAUGCCCUUGAGCUGGAUAAAAUUUAUGGCUGCGCCCCUCGAGAUCUCUGGUUAUCCCGUGCCAAGUACCCGAGCAAUGACAGCAUAUAUACCUGGCUCCAAGAGCAAGUAAUUCCUGAGUCGUUGAAAGAUGAGUCUCGCGGUGGAAAGCCAGCACUGGCUGUUGUCAAUACAGGAGCCAUGCGCUUUGACAUAUUCAAAGGGCCCUUUACGCAAGACACAACCUUCAUCGUGUCUCCUUUCACAAGUGGAUUUCGUUAUUUGAAAGACGUUCCCUAUGGUAAAGCGAAACAGAUAGUAGAAAUCCUCAACCAGCAGCCCCAGAUUUUUACCGAAUCCCGCCAGCAAUCGGGUUAUUCGCCGUGGACGCUCGCUCCCCCAGAACAAUAUGCAUACCUUCAGGACUUUGUUCCUGGAGAAAACUCCGUUUGGGAUAUCCAAGCAAAUCUUGGCUCCUUUGCCGGUCAAGCGUUACUGUCGGGCCAUGAUGCCCCCCCAAAAAUUAUUCCCGGUUAUACAACAACAGAUGCUGGAGGCACAGAUGGCGACGACACAGUCCACUUCCCUAUCCCAUUCUAUCGUGUGCCAAAUUGCCUUCAGGUAUUGGUAUCUUCAAACUCUGAUGUGCCGAAAAAGGUAGAUCUGGUUUACAUUGAUUUUAUCGAAUCGUAUGUGGCAAUAGCGGCGAAGUUUGCAAGCUUUGAUGUCGACUUUUCGCGUGACAGCGACGUGUAUAUGCCUUCUAUGACUCUAACGAAUCUCAUCUUAAACUGGGUAAAGGAUAACUGGUCUUGUGGAAAAGCAUAA